UGCUAUGCCAUUGGCAGGGCUAUUUUCAUUCGCUCAAUGCGAAUAGUGAAAUAUAGUGCAUUGUGUGGUUCGUUACGAUAGAGUGCUUCUGCAUUCAGUUGAACCUCCCUGUUUUGCCCCUUUUUGAGCGAAACUCUAUUUAACAAAAUAUCCGUAAUAAACGUGAGCACGGCUUGUCGUUCCCAAACAAAUUAACAGUUGAAGUGUUUCCAUUGCUUUUCUACAGUACGGCUUUGGUAAUUUUUUAUGAUUAUAAAUCAGGAAUUCUUAUAAACGCUCUCAACUCCUUGUAUUAUAAUGGGCAUUGGUGCGAAUAGACUUCUCCGUGAAUAUCGCCAAUUGCGACGUGAACGGAUUCCCGGUGUUGUUGACUUGCAUCCAAUUUCAGAAAGGAAUAUGUACGAAUGGAUAGCAUUAUUAGAGGGACCUUCAGAAACACCUUAUGAAGGUGGUACGUGGAUUUUGUUGCUGUCCAUCCCGAAAUCAUAUCCCAUUGAGCCCCCUUCUAUCCGUUUUUGCAACAAGAUCAUUCAUCCUAACAUCUGUUGGAAAACCGGAAAAGUUUGCAUUGACAUCCUUCAGACUGGUUGGACUCCGGCUUGGAAUCUUCAAUCAGCUUGCCUUGCCGUUCUUUCUUUGCUCGACAAUGCUGAAACCACAUCGCCACUUAACGCAGAUGCAGCGAAGCUUCUUCGAACUGGUGACAGAAUUGCGUACAAUAGUCUUGUUCAAUGCAUGACUCAUUUACACGCUGGAGAGAAUAUAACUCAGGACUACAUUCAUGCAAAGUUUUCCAUGUAUCAACACUAACUAAUAUCCUCAUUCCUUUUUGCCCACUCCAUUCAUUACUCAUGACAAAUUUCAUUCAUAAUUCAUCAUUCGUUUAACAUAACAACAUACCCGCCGUCCUCGGAAAUGGAAUACACUCUCGCACGUUCGGUUCCCGCGCCAAGUAACUAACGAGACGUUCAAUGCCUAAGCCAAAUCCUCCAUGAGGAGCACUUCCAUAUUGUCGGAGAUCCUUGUACCAUUCUAGUGCCUUGGGCGCAGAAGCAAGUUCCUGUUUUGCGUCUUUUCGAAGCGACCCGCCUAUCACUUCUCCAACUUCUGGGAAUAGUAGAUCAAAGCAUGCACUUUUCUUAGGCGUUGAAUCCUUCAUGUAAAAGGGCUUUUGUGCUGACGGAUAGUCUGUUACGAAAAGUGGUUUGUUUCCGACUUCAUGAGUGAGCCAUUGUUCAUGUUCACUUUGUAAAUCGGUACCCCAUUUUGGUUCAAAAUUCCAGCAUCGCGAUGACCGCUGCAUCAUAUGAAUUGCAUCGUCAUAACACAGUCGAUGCCAUGGGUUCAACAAGCUUUGCCAACGGUCUGUCAAGUAACCCUCUUUACUUUCCAUAUACAUAUGCUUCGUUCGCAGUAAUUGACGUGCUACCGACUUUAUUAAUGUUUCAGCCAGAUGUAGCAGAGGAUCCAACUCAUCGAUAAAAGAUUGUUCGAGUUCUAACAUCCAAAAUUCGGCCAAAUGACGGCUCGUUUUGCUCUCUUCCGCUCGGAAUGCAGGCGUAACCGUAUAAACGCGAUUUAAUGCCAACGCCAGUGCCUCUAAAUGCAGUUGCGUUGAAACGGUUAAGUGCGCCGGACGGUUGAAGAAUUCGAUAGUUGAUGGUAAAUCAUCCUCUUGCUUUGUCGUGCCGUUCCUUUUGAUGUUUUUUUUUAUGACUUGGAAUGUUUCUCCAGCACCCUCACAGUCCGAGCUGGUAAUGAGCGGUGGAUUGGUUUCUAUGAAAUCACGCUCGUCCAAGAAACGUCGUAAUUCCCGUAAUAUUGAAGCCCGAAGCCGCAUCGUUUGUGCCAUUGUUGACGUACGAAGGCGAAGGUGGGGAAUGCUUCGCAGGUAGUCUUCUGACAUUGGUUUUUUUUGGAUUGGAUAAUUCUUUAUGUAAUUAGUUCAUCGCCUUCAAUGUAAUAGAAUCAUUAUAGUUAAAUAUACCUUCCAAUUGUUUUCACCGAGAAGGUUUACAAGCUCAGCUUGAAGUUCUAACUGUGGACCUCUUUUAUGUCCCAGAUCCUGAUUCUGUACCCUGUCCCUGCAUUUCAGGGCCCCCUUGACGGAUAUUGCACUUCCAUAUGUAAGUCUGUGUCUUAAUGUUAGGAUUUUUUGUUGUCAAGAAUGGUUGUGUCGUGUAUUUUUACUUGGUAUCAGGCUUUACCAAACAAGAUGUUCAUACCCAUCAUUUUGACAUUUCGGCAACACAACCUGUAGAGACUUGUAGCAACUUCCAUCAUUUAACAUAAUAAAUGUCACAUUUUUCAUCUUUCGAAUUGACCGAAUCCACCCAUUGAUCUGUAAUACUUCGUUUACUU